CAGCAAAUAGCAUGCAUAUAGAGCUCCAACCAGCAGAGAACAAAAAUGACUACUGCUUCUUUCAUUCUCUCAUUUCUCAUCUGUAUCGGUUUCUUGAGCGUUGUCCUUUCGGAGAGAUGCACAUAUUCGAUAUCAGUAAAAACAGGAACAAAGAGUCAUGCAGGAACAGACGCAGUGGUAAGCCUUAAGCUGUCCAGCCUAGAGGAUCCUGCUAUUUACAUUCCUAACCUCGAGAAAUAUGGCCUUAUGGGGGCUGGUCAUGACUAUUUUGAGAAUGGCAAUUUGGACCUUUUCAGUUACACCGGACCCUGCUUCCCUACUCCGGUCUGUUAUAUUAAACUGAGCCAUGAUAAUAGCGGUGACUAUCCCGGCUGGUUUGUUAGCUAUGUUCAAAUCGAAACUUCUGGAGGUCCGAUAACACCGACCAAGAAAUAUUUCGAAGUGGAACAGUGGCUUGCCGAUGAUGAGCCACCGUACCUGUUAUCUACUUGUAGGGAUUUAUGUCCUAACGACAACCAUCUGAUUAAAAGUGAUGUGGGAAUCGGGUCUCUUGUUGAUGCAACCGUGUGAUCGUCUGGUUCUUUGAAAAUGUGUGAUGUUUUGUUUUGUGUGUUGAGUUUGAAAAUAAAUAUGUUUACAUCUUCCUUUAUCGGAGAUGUGGAUGUGUGGAUUUGCUUUACUUUACUUGCAACUAUAUGUAAGAAUUAUAGUUAAGCUUUAUGUACGAGUUAUUGCUGCUUGUUACA